AAAUAUGAAACGUGCUCAAACCCUACAGGUCAUGUUCACAUGAAGUCAAACCCUCCGGCUUCUCUAACAACGUCGUGCCGACUUAAAUAUUCUGACGUGAAACACGUAAGCCUUACUCCUUCAAAUCGGAAAUUUCAAAUAAAACGCCAAAGAAGGAAAGAAAGAACCCAAUCAGAGAAAGACUCGUCAGGGCCAGAGCGCAGAGAGAGCCUCGCAGGGAGAAGAAAGAAACAGCUCAAAGCGCUGUUGUUUCUGUUCAUUUGGUCGUUUUGGCGCGAAAUGAAUAAAUUCCUCCGUUCAUUUCUGCUCUGUAAAUCUAACAACCUCAGUUUUGGAGAAAAAGAAUUGAUUUGAUUUUGAUUAGCAAUUAUUUGACUGAUUUUUUUAUAUUUAAAGUUAAUUGGGAGAGAGAUGGGAGUAUCGGAGAAUUCAAGAGGGCUAAUUCUAGCCGUGGCAUCGAGUGCAUUUAUAGGGGCGAGCUUCAUUUUAAAGAAGAAAGGACUCAAACGAGCUGGUGCUAAUGGUACUCGCGCUGGGGUUGGAGGUUAUACGUACUUGCUAGAGCCGCUAUGGUGGGCAGGAAUGGUGACAAUGAUUGUUGGGGAGAUUGCGAAUUUUGUGGCUUACGUUUAUGCUCCAGCAGUUCUAGUUACCCCACUUGGUGCACUGAGUAUAAUUAUCAGCGCGGUUUUGGCACAUUUUAUGUUGAAAGAACGGCUGCAGAAAAUGGGUGUUGUAGGAUGUGUAUCUUGCGUUGUAGGAUCGGUAGUGAUUGUAAUCCAUGCACCUCAAGAGCAUACACCUAGUUCUGUACAAGAAAUCUGGACUUUGGCAACCCAAACAGCAUUUCUAAUAUAUGUAGUAGCUACAAUUUCAGUAGUGUUAGCUCUGAUUUUGUACUUUGAACCACGCUGUGGGCAGACAAACAUAUUGGUCUACUUGGGAAUAUGUUCUUUGAUGGGCUCAAUAACGGUUGUAAGCAUAAAAGCCAUCGGAAUUGCAAUAAAGUUGACAUUGGAAGGGAUAAAUCAGAUAGCUUAUCCUCAGACUUGGUUUUUUCUUUCAGUUGCAGUGAUCUGUGUCAUCACACAGUUAAAUUACCUGAACAGGGCAUUGGAUACAUUCAAUGCAGCAAUUGUUUCUCCGGUGUAUUAUGUAAUGUUUACAACUCUGACCAUCAUUGCCAGUGCCAUAAUGUUCAAGGAUUGGUCGGGCCAAGAUGUGAGCAGCAUAGCUUCUGAGCUUUGUGGAUUUAUCACUGUUCUUUCAGGAACAAUCAUACUUCAUGCAACAAGAGAACAGGAACCAGCUCCUCCACUAGGAACUGUAACGUGGUAUGUUAGUGGGGAUUCCCUUAAAGGUAUUGAAGAACAUUUAAUCACUGUACAGAGUUCAGAUGAGCAAUGAACUUUUUUUUACUUUUAACUGGGAUUUGAAAAGAUGGUCUCCCACCAUUGGAGCAAGAAAGCAACCAAGGGCGAGAUGUAUUUGCACAUUGGGGAGCUCUUCUUUCACCCGGAGAAUUCUUUCGUAUCAAUACUGGGCUGCUUCUAUGGAUAUCGUUUCUUGACAAACCGUGUGAAAGUUGGCCCUCAAUGGAAAGAGUCACUCUCACCUGAAAUGCCUAAACUUUUCUGAAACUUUGAACAUGCAUGACGGCGUGGAAUCAAAACCAGUGCUAGGAAAGAUGUUGGGCCAGGUCCAUGAUCUUACUUUGCCCAUUGUGGAUGGCUCUUGUGCAUUUUGGUGCGUGUAUUUUCUUCAUGUGAAUUCCUUGUUGAUUUUCUUUGUAAGUGUGUAUUUAUGAUUGAUUUAUAGGUAGUAAAAUCUUGAAAUAUUGCCAUUUCUCCACAGAGCUCGACUUACCUUCUGAAGGAAAAAUUGACAGAUCAAGCUAUAAUAGAGUUCCAUAAUCGCUUCGCUGGUA